UUGAUCCAUUUAUAUCUUCACCUGCACUACAAGUAGCAGAGCAGAUCUCUUCCCCUCGUCAGAGUUCAACAAAAACAAAAUCCUUUUCCAGCCAACAAGACAACCGCCGAUGGGUGUUACCACUAGCCCCACCACCGCAUGCGACGGCGAUUCAGAAUCAACGGGUCUGCUAAAUCCCAAGGUUCCCAAAGAUUCCUUCCACUUGGGUUACAUCAUCUACUUCACCCUCGGCGCUGGCUAUCUCCUCCCAUGGAACGCAUUCGUUACAGCUGUGGAUUACUUCUCCUACCUCUACCCGGACGCAUCCGUGGACCGGGUGUUCGCCGUGGUGUACAUGGUGGUGGGCUUGAUCUGCUUGCUGCUCAUUAUAGCCUUCGCGCACAAAUCGAACUCCUUUGUGAGGAUCAACGUGGGCCUCGCUCUAUUUGUGGCGGCUCUGCUCGCAGUUCCGUUGAUGGAUGUUUUCUAUGUCAAGGGGAGCGUUGGGGUCUUGGGCGGCUACUAUUUAACUGUGGGGAUGGUGGGGGUUUGUGGACUUGCUGAUGGGUUGGUUCAGAGCGGAGUAAUUGGAGCCGCCGGAGAGUUGCCUGACCGGUACAUGCAGGCCGUCGUUGCCGGCACUGCUGCUUCUGGCAUCCUUGUUUCUCUGCUAAGAAUUUUGACUAAAGCUGUGUUUCCACAAGAUGCUGAUGGGCUGAGAAAAAGCGCAAAUCUUUAUUUCAUUGUCAGCAUUGCUGUGAUGGUAUUGUGCAUUGUUUUUUACAAUGUGGCUCAUAAACUCCCAGUGAUUCAAUACUACAAUGACCUUAAAGCUCAGGCAGUGAAUGAGGAGAAAGAAGAGAAGGGUAACUUAAGCACCAAGUUAUGGAUAUCAAACUUGUGGGAUAUUAUUGGGACAAUAAAGUGGUAUGGGUUUGGCAUCAUCGUUAUUUAUGUUGUAACGUUGUCCAUUUUUCCGGGAUAUAUCACAGAGGAUGUACACUCUCAGAUUCUCGACGACUGGUAUCCAAUCCUGUUGAUUACAGGCUACAAUGUGUUUGAUUUGGUGGGCAAGUCCCUGACUGCCCUCUAUACUAUCGGCAAAGCAAAGGUUGCCAUUGCUGCCUGUUUUGCUAGACUGUUGUUUCUGCCCCUUUUCUAUGGAUGUUUGCACGGCCCCGAGUUCUUUAGGACCGAAAUUCCAGUUACCAUACUGACCUGUCUGUUGGGACUUACAAAUGGAUACUUAACCAGUGUGUUAUUCAUCCUGGCUCCCAAAACUGUCCAGUUGCAACAUGCAGAGACAGCAGGGAUUGUGGUUGUGCUAUUCUUGGUGAUUGGUCUGGCAGCAGGGUCUGUGUUAUCUUGGUUCUGGGUCAUUUAGUUCAUCUGCAAUUGUAAUUGUAUCACGUGCACAAAUGUAUUCAUUAGUUCUCUUUUGGCUUGUGAAAUUGAAACUUCAACUUGUAUCAUAUAUUAUAAUAACCUUAAACAUUGUUGGUGUAUGAGUAAUCCAAACCUUCUAUCUUCUUAACUA